AUGUCCCGUCAUAGGCGUGGGCAGCGUCUGUAUUCGGAUGAUUACUGCGAUUAUGAUAGCAUAAUUCCAAGUUCAGUUGAGGAAGAUAGUCCUAUUUCGCUGAUUAAUGCUUCAGGAAAUCAAAAUGAAACCGAUAAUUCUGGAAAUAUUGUUGGUGAAUUUGACAAUCUAAAUUUAGAAAACACAGAUGAAACCACAGCUGUUCAUCUUGAUGAAAUGCAAGAAUUGGAUAUAGGAGUUUUGCUAAACAUAUCCAAGGCCCCAGGAUCACCAGAUCUCGUUGAGCGAAAUUCUAGACCCUCAGUCAUUAAGUCAAAUACUAGACCAGAACUAAAUGUUUUAGCUAAUGUGAUAAAAUAUCGGACUGAGGUUCAGCCUAUUUCUGAACCUUUAAAGGUUGCCUCUAAGUUAGGCGUUUUUUUUAACCAAAGUCGUUCACUUGGCCGAUCAAAUAGCAGUCGAUUUGAUGCCCUCCUGGUUCACGUACACCGUCCUUCAUCAUUUGUCUUUUUGCAUAAUCCUCCUCAGCACUGUACUGUAUUUAAAUUCGACACCGAAAUGCCUCUUAUCUUUGAUAAUCUUCCUCAAUCCAAACCAUCCGUACCGCCUCUACCGAAACCUCGCUUGACCUCAAAAGCACAACCUAAAUCUCUUCGAGAUUUAGGAAAUGGAAAGAAAUUACGCCAAGUUACUCAGGGGAUGAGUGUACCGAUCCGCGGAAUUCGAUUGCCAAAGGUUGUAAAUGAUGCAAAAAUAGCAACGCCGCCUCCCAAACCUCCCGACCGGUCAACUUUGCUUAAAGCUUAUGAGGAGAAAAUGACCUCUGGUAAAGAAAAGGAAAUAAUUAAUUUGGUCGUUGUUGGUCACGUUGAUGCUGGCAAGAGCACGUUGAUGGGCAAUGUGCUUCUUCAGUUGGGUCUAGUGAGUGAUAAAAAGUUUGAAAAAUACAAAUGGGAGUCAACGAAACAGGGUCGGAGCUCCUUUGCCUAUGCCUGGAUUCUCGAUCAAACCUCAGAAGAGCGAUCGCGCGGUAUCACAAUGGACAUUGCCCAGUCUGCUUUCGAGACCAAAACUAAGAGGGUCAUUCUACUUGAUGCUCCGGGUCAUCGAGACUUCAUACCCCAAGUAAUCGGUGGAGCAGCCUGUGCAGACGUAGCAAUCCUAGUUGUCAACGCAACCCACGGGGAAUAUGAAACAGGUUUAGACAAGGCCGGGGGUCAAACUCAAGAGCACGCGCGUUUAAUGCGUCUCCUUGGCAUUUCGCGUAUCAUCGUCGCGGUAAAUAAGAUGGACACUGUCGAUUGGUCACAGGCGCGUUUUGAAGAAAUUCGCCAAUCCAUGACGGCCAUACUCAAAUCCAUCAAUCAGACAGACAAUAUCUUUUGCCCGGUGUCUGGUCUUCAAGGAAUUAAUAUAGUUCCAGAGGCUAAUCCUACUGAUACCAGAGACAUGAAUAAAAUUGCUCCAUGGUACAAUGGACCAACUUUGCUCGACAUCAUAGAUGGUUUGGGGAAAGUGGACAGACAAAUAGAUGCUCCCUUCCGAUUCCUGGUGAGCGAUGUCUUCAAGACCGUAGGCUCAGCUGCGCCAAUCAUUGCAGGUCGCGUUGUCUCAGGCGCCAUCUCUUCAGGAGGUAAUCAUCUUCCACCCAGUAAAAUAGUCUGUCUUCCCUCCGGUAAAGUGGCCACCAUUCGUUCAAUACGCCCCCUGGGUACUGCAGUGGAGGUAGAGUCGGGUAUUCUGAGGGAACAGCAGACCUACGCUUUCGCCGGUGAUCAAGUGGGCUUGACGCUCAACGACGCUGACAAAACAUUUGCACCCACGCCUGGUGAUGUUAUUUGUGAUGUGGAUUCUAGGCUAGCGCCUGUCGCCACACGAAUUCGUGCCAAAGUCCUCGUUUUCGACGUCUCUGUGCCACUGACCUUGGGAUCGCCAGUUAUUUUUCAUCAUUUUUGUUCGAAUGUUCCCGCGAGAAUAACCAAGCUUCUCUCCGCUACGAUUAAAAAGAAGGAGCUUACCAAGCCACGAGUUCUUCCUGGUCGUUGUACAGCUGAAAUUGAACUGACUCUGGAGACUCCAGUUUGCGUGGAACUAUUUGAUGUGUGCAAACCUCUGGGUCGAUUUAUUCUCCGUGCUGGUCACGAAUCUGUUGCUGGCGGAACUAUAAUAGGAUUUGUACGAAAGAAGGAACUUGCAGCCGCCAAAUCCCCGAGAAUUAACAAGUUGAGCUUCUUUUAUCCUUUUACAGACUUUGUCCGCCCAAGUUUGCCUUAA